AUGCUAGCAGAGCAAGAGGAGAUCCGGAAGCACGAGUUCGAGAGCCAGCCGGGAGAGGUCAAAGAGGCCAUAGCCGCCGCAGGUGGCGGCUCGGCUGUCACCCCCGUCACCGCGCCGGGCGGCGGCGGCACAGAGAAAGGCGGCGCGCCGGGCGCGUCGAGCGUGGAGGGCGCCUCGAUGGGGGAAGAGAAACCGUCCGCGACAGAGAAACGCGCGGAGGUGUCCAAGGGGGAAGAGGGCGCCGCGAGUCGCGAGACGACGAAGCAGGGCAUCCACAUGCCGACGACGGCGGCGGAGAGCAUGGGCGGCGGCGUGGCGGCGCCUGAGGUGCCGAUUCGGAUGCGCGACGUGCUGCCUAAGGGCGAGGUCGAGGGAGGCGCACUGGACAUGCCCGUCACGAAGAUGGACGCCGCUGCGAAGCAGAGGGAGGAAACCGCGCAGUUCAGAGGGUACGCUCUCUGCCUACAUCACCAUUACGGUCCCCUUUCGGAAGCCCGUACAGUCGACCCUCUACGUUCGCCUUUCGCCCUCUCACCCCACCUUCCCGCCCGUCCUCCCCUCAUGGCAGCCUGUGAAGGGCGGCACAGCAGCGGCGAUGCAGCCAGCAGCGGACAAGAAUGUGCAGGCGGGGGUGGUGCUGCUCUCAAACAGUGA